AUUCCUAUGCAAACUUUAUACGUCCAAAUCGGCGAUUGCUUCUCAUUCAUAAAAUGCAGGUUUUUGGAAAAAAAGUGAACUCGCCAAAGCAUUUCCUUAAAACUUUCUCUUCAUGCAGAUAUUGCAUUGAUUGAUCGGGUGCAAGUUUAAAAUUUGGCGCUCACGUUUUUACAACGGAAUAAACUUGUUUACCUUUAUUCAGCUAUUUGUAAAAAAAAUUUAUUUCAUUUAUAGACUUUUUGAGUGGAAAAAGUUGUUUACUUCUCACAACUAACAACAUGGCGUUAAUUGAUAUCUUUUCUCGACGGGAAACGAGGAUUCUAGUUUUCAUAGCAAUUGUGGCUUGUGGAAUCGCUGCAGUAAAGUCUUUUUUCAGUUUAGAUCUGCUACUUGAGUCACCGCUGCUGAAGGCAAUGGUGCUGAAGGCGUUACGGUUUUUCCUGAGCCUGACCUUCAGUGCCGGGCCUCAGGACUUCGACUCCGACCUCCCAGCGACAGGCGCCUACGACUUCAUCGUCGUUGGUGCGGGCGCCGCGGGAUGCGUGGUAGCGUCGCGCCUCUCGGAGACCAGCGCCAGUGUGCUGCUGCUGGAGGAAGGGCUGUCGGCUACACUGGAGUCCGCCAUACCCAAACUGUCGUUCAUCCAACCCGUCUCGGAGAACGUCCGCUGGAUAAAGAGUUUCUCACGAGAAAAUACCUUAUUGGGAGUGAAAAACCAGACCAUCCCGAUGAUCGCGGCACGCGUAAUGGGUGGCGGUACUACCAUCAACUUUGGGCUCUACGUCCGCGGCGCCAAACUCGACUACGAUAACUGGAGCGCCCUCGGCAACCCGGGCUGGGACCAUGCGUCGCUCCUGCCUUAUUUUAAAAAAUCUGAAGACUUCAUAGGGACGAUUACUGAGCAUACUGAUGAAUACCACGGCAAGGGCGGUCCUCUGACCGUCGACACCACAGACGACGUCAUAAAGAUGGAAGAAAUCAUCCGCCCCGUCGCUGCGGAACUGGGACUCGACAUCAUAGAUCCCAACGGUCCCAGCAACAUAGGUUUCGCUCCGGUCCACAAUACUGUGAAGAAAGGUGUGAGGGUUUCAUCUUCAGAAGCCUUCCUGAAGCCUGUUCUUAAUAGAAAGAAUCUGCACAUUCUACCAGGAGCCAGGGUUGACAAGAUACUCUUCAACCAAGAAAAGGAAGCUGUGGGAGUUGAAUACACUUUCAGAGGAAAGACUUAUAAAGUAGAAGCUCGGAAAGAAGUGAUCAUCAGCGCCGGUACUCUUCACACUCCAAAACUCCUCAUGCUCUCUGGCAUCGGACCAAGGAAGCAACUCGAAGAAUUGGGGAUUCCUGUGGUAGCCGAAGUUCCAGGCGUGGGGCAGAAUUUGGAUAGUCAUCAGCUUUUUGCCCUGAAUUUUAAGAUCAAACCGGGCCUGUCUCCAACAUUCAUGGAUUUGAUGAAUCCUUUCCACAUCGCCAGCUAUCUCAGGGAGCAAACAGGGUUCUAUUCGCUGCCUACUACCCCUCUGAUGCACACCUAUCUCAACCUCGGCGGAGGAGACCCUCGCUGGCCCGAUGUUGAUAUCUACAUGACACCACUUGUGGGCGUAGGACUGCCAUACUACACCAAUGAGAUUAAAUCACAAAUUGUUGGUCCGCUGCUCAACGAGCCCGUCCUCAACGUUGGGGUGAUGCUCUGUCGCCCAAAAAGCAAAGGAUAUGUAGCGAUCACAUCAGCAGAUCCCGCCGAUUUUCCCUUCAUCAACCACAACUUCUACGAUCAUCCAGACGACGUUAAACUGCAUGUGAAAGGCGUCAAAGAGUUGAAUCGCAUCAUGAGUUCCGAGGGUAUGAAGAAAAUACUGGCCCCGCAACCGGAUUUGACGUUGAAGGCGUGCGCGCAUUUAGGCAACAAGACCGACGGCUACUGGGAGUGCUACGCCCGCCACAUGGCGCUGCCCAACGAGCACUUCUGCUGCACCGCAAAAAUGGCGCCGCUGACCGACCCAAUGGGCGUUGUGUCACCAAGGCUCAGCGUGCGGGGAGUGUCGGGCCUUCGCGUCGUGGACGCCUCGGUGAUGCCGGAGGUGGUCUCUACCAACCCCAUGGCGACCGUUUACGUCAUUGCCGAGAAAGCCUCCGACAUCAUCAAGCAAGAUUGGUCACUUGAAAACACCAAAAUAGCUUCAAAAUAAUAUAAUACUAUUCAAAAACUGUUGCACACCAACUCAAUGUUAUUAUCCAGUAACCACGGAUAAAUUUCCUCAUUCCAAAGAGUCAUUACGUAAAAAUGUGAUUCUUGAAGUAAAAUCGUUUUGGAAAAAAUCCAAAGGCCGAGAUAACAUAACAUAUAACAUAACAUAGUGGUGUUGGAGCUGG